CGAGCAUCAUUUAUCAAUUUAAGUUUUAUACAAAGUUUUAUAGUGUAUGUAUAUACUCUAUACCCAAUUCAUAGUUGGAUCACUGACAAAGUGAUUUAUAAAUAAACUUUAAUUUGCUCAGGAGAUUGUACUAAAAUUGGGAUCAUAAGAUGUGGAGGUUAAAGGUAGGAGAAGGUGCAAAUGACCCUUACUUAUACAGUACUAAUAACUUUGUUGGACGUCAAAUUUGGGAGUUUGAUCCCAAUUAUGGCACACCCGAGGAGAGGGAAGAGGUGGAGGAGGCACGUCGUAACUUCUAUAACAAUCGAUUUGAAGUUAAGCCAUGUAGAGAUAUUUUAUGGCGUCUUCAGUUCCUAAGAGAGAAAAACUUCAAGCAAACAAUACCUCAAGUGAAGGUGGAAGAAGGGGAGGAGAUCACAUACGAAACCGCGACGACAACAUUAAAAAGAGCAGUGAAUUUAUUUACAGCCCUGCAGUCUGAACAUGGCCAUUGGCCUGCUGAAAUUGCUGGCCCUCAAUUUUUCCUCCCUCCUUUGGUAUUCUGCUUAUACAUUACAGGGGAUCUGAAUUCUGUUUUUGGACCAGAGCAUCGUAGAGAGAUUCUUCGUAGUAUCUAUUAUCAUCAGAAUGAAGAUGGAGGUUGGGGAUUGCAUAUUGAAGGACACAGUACCAUGUUUUGUACUGCACUCAACUAUAUUUGUUUGCGAAUGCUUGGAAUCGGACCGGAUGAGGGUGAUGACAAUGCUUGUCCUAGGGCUCGAAAAUGGAUCCUUGACCAUGGUAGUGUUACUCAUAUCCCUUCUUGGGGAAAAACUUGGCUUUGUAUACUUGGCUUAUUUGAUUGGUGUGGAAGUAAUCCAAUGCCGCCUGAGUUCUGGAUCCUUCCAUCUUUCCUCCCUAUGCAUCCAGCAAAAAUGUGGUGCUACUGUCGAAUGGUUUAUAUGCCAAUGUCAUACUUGUAUGGGAAGAGGUUCAUAGGUCCGAUAACACCUCUCAUUAAGCAACUUAGAGAAGAGCUCUACAACGAACCCUUUGAACAGAUUAGUUGGAAGAAAAUGCGUCAUUUGUGUGCACCGGAGGAUCUUUACUACCCUCAUCCAUUAAUUCAAGAUUUAAUGUGGGACGCUCUUUACAUCUUUACGGAGCCUCUCCUUACUCGUUGGCCUUUCAACAAGUUGAUUCGAAAGAAGGCACUCGAGGUUACAAUGGAACACAUUCAUUAUGAAGAUGAGAACAGUCGUUACAUAACCAUGGGAUGUGUUAUGAAGGUUUUAUGUAUGUUAGCCUGUUGGGUGGAAAACCCUAAAGGGGAUCAUUACAAAAAACACCUCGCUAGAGUCCCGGAUUACAUUUGGAUUGCUGAAGAUGGGUUGAAAAUGCAGAGUUUUGGAAGUCAAGAAUGGGAUUGUGCGCUUUCUGUCCAAGCAUUGCUAGCUUCAAAUCUUAGCCUCGACGAAAUUGGACCUGCUCUUAAGAAAGGCCACUUCUUCAUUAAAGAGUCGCAGGUUAAGGACAAUCCAUCGGGCGACUUCAAAUCUAUGUAUCGCCAUAUCUCCAAGGGAUCAUGGACUUUCUCUGAUCAAGAUCAUGGUUGGCAAGUCUCUGAUUGUACAGCUGAAGGCCUCACGUGUUGUCUAAUGUUUUCAACAUUACCCCCGGAGAUCGUUGGAGAAAAGAUGGACCCUGAGCAACUUUAUGAUUCUGUCAAUGUUGUGCUUUCUCUGCAGAGUAAAAUUGGCGGGGUAGCUGCUUGGGAACCGUCAGGGGCUCAAGAAUGGUUGGAGAUUUUGAACCCAACCGAAUUUUUUGAAGGCAUUGUCAUUGAAUAUGAUUAUGUAGAAUGCACGGGUUCAGCAAUUCAAGGUAUAGCUCUGUUCAAGAAGUUAUACCCAGACCACAGGAAGAACGAGAUCGACGAUUUCAUCGUAAAUGCAGUCCGGUACCUUGAGAACGCCCAACAUCCCAAUGGAGGAUGGUAUGGAAAAUGGGGAAUUUGCUUCAUAUAUGGGACAUGGUUUGCUCUUGGAGGGCUGGCAGCUGCUGGUAAAACGUACUAUAAUUGUGUUGCUGUUAGGAAGGGUGUCGAAUUUUUGCUUGCUACACAAAAGGAGGAUGGUGGAUGGGGUGAGAGUUAUAUGUCAUGUCCCAAAAAGGAAUUUGUGUCAAUAGAAGGAAAGUCCAAUUUGGUUCAGACGGGAUGGGCUUUAAUGGGUCUACUUCAUGCUGGACAGGCGGAGAGGGAUCCAACUCCCCUACAUCGUGCAGCAAAGCUUUUGAUCAACUCACAACUCAAAAAUGGUGAUUUUCCUCAGCAGGAAAUAACAGGGGUGUUCUUGAGGAAUUGCAUGUUACAUUAUCCAAUGUACAGGAGUAUAUUUCCAUUGUGGGCACUUGCAGAAUACAGAAAGCGUGUUCCAUUACCUUCUAUCAAUGCUGCCUAAUCGAGUUUAUUUAUUCCUAGCAACAUUGAAAUUAUUGUUACAAUAACUUUGCCAAACAAUAAUUUUUUUAUUUAGUAUUCCCUCUGUUCCCGGAAGAACGAUAUAUUUGACCUAAUUUUAGUCCCAAAAAGAAUGACCCAUUUGUUUUUCCAAUAUUUAUUAAAAUCACAAAAUUACCAAUAUAUCCUCAAAUAUUUUUGUCAUAUAGCUCCUUCUCCCUAUUUUACCUUUGUACUCCCUCCGGUUUUUUUAUAUGCAUCACUUUCUAUUUAGGGGUGUUUUUUAUAUAUGCAUCACUUCUAUAUUUGAUAACUUUAUACUAUAUUUUAUUAUCUCUCUCUCUUCUCAAAUACCCCACUCAAAAUAUUUUAUCAUUUCACUCUCUUUCAUGGUCCCCACUUAUAUUAUUAAAUAAAUCAUUCUAUCUCACAUACUAUCUAUUUCAUGACCCACAUUGUACUUUUAUCAAAAUAAAUUAAUCAUCCACUUGCCCCACUUGCACUAUAUAAUAUUGAAGCAAAUAACUUUCCUAAAACUCCGUGUAAAUGCAAGUGAUGCAUAUAAAAAAAACGGAGGGAGUAUCUUUUUAGAUCUUUGUGCCAUCUCCUCUCUAAAUUUCUAAACUUUUUUCUCUCUCCUGAUACCAUUAAUUUUUGGAAAUUUUGGAAUUUGGUACCUCAAAAAUGGGGGUCGUUGAAUUUUGGUAUCCGUUUAAUUUAUUUUUUUAUUUUAAUACCCAUUAAAGUGUAAAAUUAUAAGUUUUGGUACCUCCGUCUAUGUUCCGUUAAGUUUUUUAUUAGUGGGGCCCAUUAUCUAAUUAUUUAAUAAUUUAAUUUAUCAAAAAAAAGAAAAAACAUUUUAUAAAAAAGCUUUAAAAAUUAAAAAAAAAAAAAAAACAAAAACACCAGCCUGCCACCAGCCACUGCGCUGCCACCCUACCCCUGUGCCGACUUCCGGUUGUUAGUGGCCGAAUUCCUCGGGCACCGAUGUCGGCGCCGUCCACCCCACCCCCUCCCUUUCCCUCCUCCAAUCUCAUCCAUAAGGGUCGCACCCCACCCCACCCCCUCCCUUUCCCUCCCUAUUUUCCCCUUCCCCGAAACCCUCACGCAAACACCCACCGUCUUCCCUCCCUUCCUCGUUCCUGGUUCCGGCGGCAGUUGUGGCUUUGUGUAGAAUGAAUCAUCACACCGGAACCAAAUCAAGGGUUUCGAUUUUGGGGUUUUAGGGUUUCGAUGUGGUGGUUUUCAGAUAAGGUGGGUCACGGCGACGUAGGGGAGGGAGUCUGGGCUGCCGGCAAAGUGGUUUGAGGUGGUGGCCUGGAUUUCGGCUACGGUGGUCGGAGAACGGUUUCGGUUCAAGCUAAGUCAGGAAGGGAUGGGGUGUGGUUUUAGUGGAAACAAUGGGCACCGAUGCAGGCUGGGGGGGUCGACGCGGGGAGGCAGGGUUGGGUGGCUGUUGCUGGGCGCGGGGUUGGUCUACCGCCGGCGGAAUAUGGGUGGCUAGUGGUUUUAGUGGUUGUUUUUUAAAAUGUUUUUUCUUUUUUUUCAAUAAUUAAAUUAUUAAAUAAUAGAUAAUGGGCCCCACUAACGGAUUACUUAACGGAACAUGACGGAGGUACUAAAACCUAUAAUUUUACACUUUGAUGGGUAUCAAAAUAAAAAUAAAUAAAAAAAAUUAAACGGGUACCAAAAAUCAACACCCCCCAUUUUCAAGGUACCAAAUACCAAAAUUUCUUUAAUUUUUCUUGUGUUUUUCCAUACAUUUAUACUUGCAAAUUAUUAAUGACUUGUGUUUUCUCAUACAUUUGUACUUGCAAAUUAAGUUUCUUAAUACUCGCAAAAUUAACCCAAAUGAGUCGUUCUUUCGGGGACGGAGGGAGUUAUUAGUAUCCCUCCUUGCCUUAAAAAGUAAGAGAUUGCGCUUAUAAUUAAUGCACGGACCAAUAUGCCCUUCAAAAUGUUUGUUUACGUUCCUACCCCGUAUGUAAUUUCUUACAUUUAUAUCCUUCCACGUGUACAAAUGUAAUAAUGAGUGUUCAUCUUUCUCUCUCCUUACAUUUAUGUACUUUUAU